CAAAAGAGAAUGGGGAGAGACAGUCGGUCGGAGACCAAGAAGCGAGUCGGAUCACGCAACGGAACCACUAUAUUGUCAGGAAACACGUGAUUCUCGCCAUGCGAAACUAGAUCGACUAGUCGGUUCCGUGGAUUCCCGAUAUCGAUCCCUUCCGCUCCGUUUCCCUCGAUUGUAUUCGGACAGGUAGCCGUUCGCGUUCGAUAACAGAUAAUAGGAGGAACGGUAUCGCGUCGCGAAUUCACCUAACUUUGAUACUCGCUUACGUUCACCACAGGCCGUUAUGUUCGCCGGGCUAACGAGCUGAUAGAAAGUGUUUCGAGGAAUGCUGAGAGAGAGAUACAACGGCGCGUUCUAACCGACUGUGACAAAUGCGCGGAGCAUGACGUCAAAUGCGAUCAGAGGUAUUCGAAGAAAGAAGAGUUCGCUAUGCGAGGUAAAAGUGGCUGUUAUCGGGGCGCCAGGAGUUGGGAAAAGUGCAUUGACAGUGAGAUUUCUAACAAGGAGGUACAUCGGGGAAUAUGAUCACCAGUCAGAAAACAGAUACAAGCACGAGGUGUUGGUGGACGGUGAACCGAUACUAUUUGAAAUUUUAGACACUUGCCCGAAGAGCGAAGAUGAAUUACCAUCCACGGAAACUCUACAAUGGGCUGACGGAUUGCUUUUGGUCUAUUCGAUAACCGACCGAGGUUCCUUCAAUUUUGUUCGAAAAGCGAAGGAAACACUGGCGGUGGCUGAUCCGGAGGCUACGAUGCCUCUUGCUUUAGUUGGAAACAAAGCCGAUAUGGUUCAUUUGAGGCAAGUUAGCACCGAGGAGGGAGAAAUACUCGCGAAGGACUUCGAAUGCUGGUUCAGUGAAGUAUCCGCCGCGGAACAGGUAACUCAAGUUGCCGAAUCGUUUCACGAACUGUGCCGAGAAGUUUUGGCUGCCAGGAGGAGGAACAAGCAAUCGUUAUUGGAUAGGAUGCUCGGUAGCAAAGCGACCCGUGCUUAUUCCCGGGGGAAAAGCGAUUCUGCACUUCCGAAAGAUUAAUUUCUAUACGCGGAGUCUUUCUAAGAAACAUUUUUCUAUCUAUAUUUUUUUCUUACUAAACGGGAAAUCGUGAUGAUUCUAUUUAAGAAAAUUUCGAAGCGUAACGAAACAUAUUUUAUGCAUGCAUACACGUACUUAUCAGUAAAAUUUUAAGUACCAAAGAUUUAUGUAGUUUCAAGUAACUAUGAUUUAUACUAUAACGUGGUACGUACAUUUAGAAGCUUUAUGUUAGAGAAUAAUUUAAGCGUAUAACGUUUCAAUAUGUUGUCAUAUUUUUUACUGAAACGCUUUAUUGUCUUGCAAGAUAUACAUAUUUCCAUCGAAAUUCAAUUACUCGGUUCACAAUGUGUGAAAAGUGAAUGGCUUGUUCGUUUUACAAGGCUGAUAAUGAAUACAACAUACACGAGUGUAGUUUAUAUACAUACAGAAACCUGUGCUAGUUGAUCUAGAUUUAUUUUGUACUUAUAAGGUAAAGUUAUGACAAUAAAUAUUUUAUCUAUUUAUUAUA